AUGACUGUUGGCAUGCUGGCACGAUAUUAUAACUUCCCAGUGAUCGCAUGGGGCACCACAAUGCCCACCGAAAUAGCCGACCCUAUAAUGUACCCAUCGCUAGCAGCGAUUGCGCCAGUGAAUUACCAGUCGAUAAUGUCGUUUUUCGCAUUAUUAAAAGCUUUUGGGUGGACAGAUUUUGCAUUCAUUUAUGUAAGAGACGAAAGCAAUAAAGCUCCACGGUGUUCCUAUCUUAUUUCCGACAUCGAGCAAAUGUUACCAGACACGACGAACAUUACGAUGACAUAUAGCGAAAUGCUGCUAUCGACCACUGAAGAAGCAAUACUGCCGGCACUAGACAGCGUGAAACAACGAGCUAGAAUUGUUGCAAUUUGCACCGACAACAAAAGAGAGCUGAUGAAAGGUAUCAUGAAGAGUAAUAUGAACACUACCGAAUACGUCUAUGUCUUUCUGCAAACAAGCCACUCUGGCUACGGGAAUCCACCAUUCUGGGAAUCAGGAUCUGCGUCUGACGGAAUGGAUCAAGAGAUCCAAAUCGCUGCUAGUCGAACUCUAAUCAUUGAUAUCUUUGCGCAACCGAAUCCAGACCCAACUUUUUCAAAAAGACUGUUGAGCGCCAUGAAAGAACCUCCAUUCAAUUGUACUAGAGAAUGUAAUGGUUACACGGAUAAGGUCGCAGAAAGAGCAUUUUAUCUGGGAGAUGCAAUGUAUGUGUAUGGUAUUGCACUCGACCGGUACUUGAGAGAAAACCCUAGAAAUUGGAUCCAUAAUGGCCAGGCAGUAAUUCAGUCUUUAGAAGGAAACUAUCUUAGCUUUGCUGGUGAGUUCAAAAUCGACAAGGAUGGGAAUCGAAAUUUACUUUACGCUGUUUACGGUCUGAACGAAGAUUAUAAACAAACUCUUUUUAUAAAGCUACGAGGCAACAGAACAACAACGUUUUUCAAGUGCGGUGCAUUCCUAAGUUCCGUAUCGCGCUUGGAGAUAGACUGUGGUGGAUUCGUCCUUUUACAGUCAGAGUGUUUAACGAAGCCAAAGUUCUACGCGUUUUGGCUUAAGUUGCUUUUCUUGCUCAUGCGCGCUUACACCAUAGGAAGUGCUGCUGUAGGAUCGCUUUGGAGAACUCAAUCUUGCCCAUUUUUUAAGCUGUACUUUGAGCAGGAGAUUAUAAAACAUGGGAACCAGAAGAAACCUAUAGUACCUUGUGGUCUCACUGGGGUGGGACAAUACCUGUUGCAGUUCCGCUCUGCGGCUAUGACGGUAGUGGCUGUCAAGCAGAUUUCAUGGAGACCUAUCGGACAUACGUCAUCAUUGGAAUUGUGCUGGUUGUCUGCGCAGUGUUACUGCUUGUAA